AUGCGUGAGUUUAAAGUAGUUGUCCUCGGAUCGGGUGGGGUUGGGAAAAGUGCACUGACGGUUCAAUUCGUUUCCGGAUGUUUCAUGGAAAAAUACGAUCCUACAAUCGAAGACUUUUACCGCAAGGAAAUCGAGGUGGACAACUCCCCCUGCGUGUUGGAGAUCUUGGACACAGCAGGUACGGAACAAUUCGCCAGCAUGCGCGACCUCUACAUCAAGAACGGCCAGGGGUUCGUGGUGGUGUACAGUUUGACGAACCACCAGACUUUCCAGGACAUCCUGACGAUGAAAGAGUUGAUCACGAGAGUCAAAGGCACCGAGCGGGUGCCGAUUCUGCUAGUCGCCAACAAAGUCGAUUUGGAUCACCAACGCGAGGUGGACUACUCCGAGGGCAGCACUCUGUCGCAGCAAUGGGGCUGUCCCUUCAUCGAGGCAAGUGCGAAAAACCGAACCAACGUGAACGAAGUGUUCGCAGAAAUCGUACGCGAAAUGAACGUUAGCCCCGAAAAAGUUAAAAAACCCUAUUGCUGCUGUACCGUGCUCUAA